AUGACGUGUCCAAGAGACGCUCCAGAUGUACAGUUCACCUCACCCAUCUUUCAUCCUAACAAAGACAACGCAACGGGGAGUGCUUGCCUCAACCUCAUCAAUGAAUGGCCGAGGAAGAUGGUAGUUCAUAGUCAUAAUGCCCAGAUCUCCUCUGUUUUCUACUUUUGUGAGCUGGAUGGUGAUAAGUCCUUGCAGAUGGAAUUGCAUGAUCUCCAGAACAAGUUGUUCACUGGCGGUGUUGCAUUCCAUGCAAAACCAUCGUGA